AUGAUUUAUUUUUCGUUUUCUUCCGCCGCUGUUCGGUGACGAAUUAUUUUGGUUAUUUUUCUUUUUAACACUUGUGGGCACACAAGCAAUGUGUCUCGUUACUCAAUUUUGAAUAUCCGUUGGCCGUUACACUGUACAUAUGUAUAAUGGAACGCCAACGCCGAAGACAAAUCUUAGUAGAAUGCUAAUUAUCACUUUUAUUUUUUGUGUGUGUUCGUUUAAAUAAACGGUAAAUUCUAUAUCGUUCCAGGUGUAAAUGAGCAUUAUAUACGUAUAUAUAGCUGUUGUUAUUAAUUUGUUAUUUUAUUUAUCAACAAUUUAAACGCCCGAACACCACAAGAUAUGGAUUACAAUAAUAUUGAUGAAGACGAUAUUGAAAAUUUAAGGCUAGCUGCUCUUAUGACGUUAAAAAAAAAAUCAUAUUUACCAUUAAAUAAAGAAAGUAGAAUACAGAAGUCUGAAAAAUGUUUUCCUCGUAUGUUUGCACAUAGUAAUUCUCAUAAUACUUUUACUAAAAAUAAAAGUGAUUGGAAUCCUACAUCAAAUAAAUUGUUCAGUAAACAAUCGUUAAGAAAUGUAAGUUUUCAAAAAUCAGCUUAUCCCAAUAAUAGUAAUUUGAUUUCUAUUAUACCAUCUGAUAUUAAAUGUGAUUUUUAUACUGAUUUAACUAAUUCUACCCUUGCACAUACUUCUGAGGACAAAAUAUCAUUGAAUAUUCCAAAUUUGAAUAAUAAAGUAUCCACUAAAUUCAGUAGAUUAGAACUGGAAUCUGAUUCUGAAGAAAAUGAAGAUAGCGAAUCAGAAAUUAAUGAAGGAGAAGAAUCAAACGAUUGUGAUAUUUUAUCUUUAGGAGAAAAAGAUAAAGAUUUAGAUGAUCUCGACAAAUUAAUGGAUAUUAUGGAGGCUGAAAUUGCUAAUGGUGAAUCAUCUAUAAAAAAAAGUUCAAAUUUAAAAAUGAAUAAUAAUUAUGUUGUAAAAAAUGCUACUGAAUUGAAUGUUGACAAAAAUAAACCUAUUCCUUUAAAUCAACUUAAGACCAUUGAAGAUUCUAAAUUAAAGUUAAAUCCACUUAACGAAGAACUUACAUCUGUAAUUGAUUUUAAAGCAAAUACAAACUCUUCACCUCAAUGUACUUCAUUAAAAUCUUCAAUUUUGUGUAAUAAAAAGAGAUCAGCCUCUCUUAAUAUUAAAUAUUUAAAAAAAUGUUCUACUUCAGUUGAUCAUUCAAAGCUUCAAAACAAAUCUUUAUCUUCAAGGAAAUCAUCGCCAAUAAAAGAAAAUAAUAUUUUGCCAUUACAAAAUUCUUCUUUAAAAUCUCAGAAUCCUUCAUUAUCUUUAAACAAAACAUGCAGUUCUCUAUCACAAGUCACAUUACCUAACAGAAGACAAUUAUCUCCAUUUGGUAGAAAAAGUAAAUUUCCACUCAAAAGAAAAUCAAGAUCACCAAGUAUUGCUAAUAAAAAAUCAUAUAACCCAAUAAAAAAAGUGAUUAAAUCAAGAUUAAUAUCUCCUGCUAUUCCAAGUGUUAAUGAUAACUUACAGAACACAAUUAAAGCUAAAUCUAUUGAAAAACAAGUGAAAAUGAGACAAUCUGAUUCUGUUUUAAAAGCGGUAAAUGAUAAAAAACUAUGUACACAACAUACUGAUUUUGUCGAUCUGAGAACAGAAAUAGAACGACGAAAAGCUCUUCGACUAAAUAUGAAUAAAUUGGAUAUAAAGAAAAAUACAAAAUCAUUUUAUCCUACUCGAUUAUUACAGUCUGCAAUUAAAGAUGUAGUUGAUUCGAGUGUCAAUGAAGUGAAAAAAGAUAAAUGUUCUUACAAACCAGAAAUUAGAGUACAAACUGAAGGUAAUUCAAGAAAGCGAAAGGUCAUUUUACUUUCAGAAAAUCAAUGUAAUUAUAAUGAUGAAUUAGAAUCGUUUACAAAUGCCAAGAGACUUAAAGACAAUUUCAAGGAAGUUCCAUUACAUUUGAGAGUAACAGGCGUUCCUGAUUAUAACAUAAAACAAAAAGGAUUAAAAAAGAUCAUUAGGCAAAACAUUAAUGUUACAGAUAUUGAUCAGGUAUUUGAUGUCCUAAUCAUAUGCAAAGUUCUUUUUACUUUUGUCAAUUUGAUAUAUUUUUAUCAUUUAAUUCCUAUUUUAAAUGAUCUAUAUAUUUAAAAAUGUAUUGUAUUUAAGGGUUUUAACUAUAGUCUAUAACUAAUUCAAAUUAAGCUACAGAAUAACAUAAUCAAUUCUAAAAGUUAUUUCAAGUACUAUUACUAAGACAUUUUUAAUUUAUAGUUAAAAAAAUAAAUAGUGCUUAUAUAUUCAGUAUUAUUUUACCUUCUGU